GACGUUAUCUGCUUGUUAUCCCCCUUUUACAAAAACCCCCCAAAAACCCAGCUCCUCCAUCACCGAACCAAUGGCAAACCCCAUCAUCACUAUGAGAUCCAGUGCGGCUGCCACGUCAGCUCCUGUCCUCCCCCCUUCCUCCUCCUCCAGUAGACCCUUGAAGAGGAGAGCCAUGGUGAUUAGAGCAGCUCUGGCCGUGGAGCAGGAGGAGAAGACCAAAGUCUCUCUCUUGAGAAUUGGAACGAGGGGAAGUCCAUUAGCACUUGCUCAAGCCCACGAAACACGAGAUAAACUCAUGGCUACACAUUCUGAGCUUGCCCAAGAAGGAGCAAUCGAGAUCAUAAUCAUAAAAACCACUGGUGAUAAAAUACUCAACCAACCGUUAGCUGAUAUAGGAGGCAAAGGACUAUUUACAAAAGAGAUAGAUGAGGCUCUGUUGGAUGGGAGAAUCGAUAUUGCUGUCCAUUCGAUGAAGGAUGUUCCUACUUAUUUUCCUGAUGGAAUGAUAUUACCUUGUAAUCUCCCCCGAGAGGAUGUUAGAGAUGCGUUUAUAUCUUUGACUGCGAAAUCGCUUGCAGAGCUUCCAGCUGGAAGUGUUGUGGGUAGUGCUUCAUUAAGGAGGCAGUCUCAGAUACUCUACAGAUAUCCAUCACUAAAAGUUGUUAACUUCAGGGGCAAUGUUCAAACUCGACUAAAGAAACUCAACGAAGGAGAGGUCCAAGCAACAUUAUUAGCACUUGCAGGGCUCAAGAGACUGAGCAUGACUGAAACCGUAACAGCUACACUCUCCAUUGAAGAAAUGCUCCCUGCAAUUGCUCAAGGUGCAAUUGGCAUAGCCUGUAGAAGCAACGAUGAUAAGAUGGCUAAUUACAUUGGUUCCUUGAAUCAUGAAGAGACAAGAUUAGCUGUUGCUUGUGAGAGAGCAUUUCUCGAGACGCUGGAUGGUUCAUGUCGAACUCCAAUUGCUGGAUAUGCACACAAGGACAAGGAUGGGUAUUGUGUUUUCCGAGGUUUAGUAGCCUCUCCAGAUGGAACUCGAGUUUUGGAGACAUCGAGAAAAGGGCUAUAUGAAUAUGAUGAUAUGGUUUCGAUGGGUAAAGAUGCUGGAAAAGAAUUGAUGUCGAGGGGAGGCCCGAGUUUUUUUAAUUGGUAAUUUUAGAGAGAUAAUGGGAGUGAAGAUAGAAAAUUUUCCGGCAUUGAUUGUUCUUCGGGUUGAGCUGUAACAUUAUUAUUUGUAGCAAGUUAGAACAGUUGUAUUAAUUAUUUGCAUUUCUGCUCCUUCCUCAGUCCCUCCCAUUUUCUUUUUAAUAUUUGAUGACACUGCACUUCUUUAAUUCCCAGUUAGUUAUUGGCGUGAUGAGUUUGUGUUCAA